AUGUUCUCGCUCUCUAAGAUCGCCACGUUUGCUCUUCUCGCCCUUGUGCCGUUCGCUUCGGCCGUGGCCCAACCGGCGCCCAACCGUGCUGAAGUAGCCUCCCGCGCCGCCCCGACUACGGACAUCGUCAAACUUCUGACUGAUACGAAGGGCAGCAUAGGAGUGGCUUGCGCGCAGAUCACCAGUAGCCCGUCGACGCUCACUGCAGCCGUCAUUUCGUCUGUGGCCGCUCAAGUGAAUGUUACCUUGACGGCCACGACCCAAGCUCUCACGAACAAUGUGAUCUCUGGCGUAAGCGGAGAUGUUAGGGAGAUCGUUGGUCUUGUUUCCGAUAUUAUUAAACUACUCGUGGACACAAUCGCAACCGUGCCAUCGGCCGAGAUGCAACUUGCGGCAGCUCUCAAUGGGCUUAUAGCCCUGAUCGACAAACUCCUCGCCGCGCUCGUCAUAGAGGUUAUUAGUGCCUCAACCAGCAUUAUCACAGGCGUAGGCGCGUCGUUCAAGGCGCUUAUAGGUUGCGUGCUCCAGUCGUCGGGCACGGCUGGAGAGAUGGCAGACUACAAGUUGGAUUUCGCCCUCGCGGCAUGCGGGCUUACUAGCUCGGGCACCAGCGCAUGA